AUGACUGCCAUCCUCACUGCCCUGCUAUGCCUCGGGCUCAGUCUGGGCCAGGAGAUCCAAGCACAGGCAAGGACCAAUCCCAAACCCACCAUCUGGGCUGAGCCUGGUGCUAUGAUCAUCUUAAAGACGCCUGUGACCAUCUGGUGUCAAGGGUCCGUGAAGGCUGAGGAAUACUAUUUGGAAAGAGAAGGAAUCCCAGUACCCUGGGAGAAAGUGAACACCCUGAAAUCCAGGAACAAGGUCAACUUCUUCAUUGAACAAAUGACAACCGACUAUGCAGGGCGAUAUUACUGUUACUACUUUAGUCGCUCUGGUUGGUCAGCAUACAGUGAACCCCUGGAUCUGAUGGCAACAGGAGCCUACGUCAAACCAACCGUUGUAGCCCUGCUGAGCCCUGUGGUGUCCUCAGGAGGAAAUGUGACUCUCGAGUGUGCCUCACAGAUGGAGUAUGACAUGUUCGUUCUAUAUGAAGAAGAGGAACACAAGCAUUUCUGGACCCUGUUCUCACAACACUCCAGUGGGCUCUCCCAGGCUGUGUUCCCUGUGGGUCCUGUGAUCCCUGGCCACAGGUGGACAUUCAAAUGCUAUGGCUGUUACAGGAACAAUUCUCAUGUGCUGUCCAUCCCGAGUGACACCCUGAAACUCCUGAUCUCAGAUGUCUACAAAAAGCCCACCCUGACUGCCUCACCAAGUCAGGUGGUUCGUCAAGGACAGUGUGUGACUCUUCAGUGUCUCUCUCCCCUUGGGUUGUCCAUGUUCUGGCUGUACAAGGAAGAUGGGCCUCUUGCCCCUGAGUUGAAAAAUGCACGGCUUAUGAAUAAUUUCCUCAUGGACCCCGUGACGCCAGCACAUGCUGGAAUCUACAGAUGUCGUGGUUCUUAUCACUCCUCUAUGUGGUCAGCCCUCAGCGACCCUCUGGAGAUCACGGUUACAGGUGUGUACAGAAAACCCUCCCUCUUGGCACAGCCGGGUGCCCUGAUGAAACGGGGGCAGAAUGUAAGCCUGCGGUGCUGCUCCGAGGUGAGAUUUGACACCUACAUGCUACAAAAGACGGAGGAAAAGAAGGAAAACUUUCACCUUGUUAAGCAAAUUCAAGGCAGGAAAUGCCAGGCUGACUUUUCCUUGGGUGCUAUGACGGCUGCCAGCGUGGGAACCUACAGAUGCUAUGGUUCUCACAAACGCUCCCCCUUUGAGUGGUCAGCCCCUAGUGACCCCCUGGAGCUCCUGAUCACAGGUGUGCACACAAAACCCUCCCUCUUGGCCCAGCCUGAUCUUGUGAAACUGGGAGAGAACGUCACCCUGCGGUGCUUCUCAGAGCUCAAGUUUGAUACCUACAUGCUCUGCAAAGAGGAAGGAAUUGCAGACUCCAUGCGCCUUGCUGGGAAACUCCAUGGUGGAAGCACACAGGCUAACUUCUCCUUAAGUUCUAGGACAUCUGCCUAUGUGGGGACCUACAGAUGUUACGGUUCCUUCAGAAACUCUCCACUUAUGUGGUCAGCUGCUAGUGACCCUCUGAAGCUUGUGACCACAGAAAUCUCUCCAGGUGUUUCCCCACCACCCACAGAGUCAAGCCACCAACCAGAUUCUACAAGAGUAGAAGAGGUUGUGGCCAGCAUGGAGCUCAAGGGGACUUUGAAUCUCUGA